AUGAAGUACGCAUUCAUCACCUUCGCGAUCGUGAUGAUGGCAGCAGCACUGUCGUCGUCUAGCAACAGCCAUGUCGGCGCCUCGCCUCGACGACUCAUCAAGCGCGCCAUGACCAUCGCCCAAUGCUUCAAAAUCUCGGGCACGACACCAGGGCGCGGUUUCCAGGCUGUCAGCAGCAUCACGUUGGGCGCGUUGGACUUGGAUUUCAGCGACCCAGAUCCGCUGAAGAUUACUCUGUCCUCGCCCGACAUGAAGGUCGGCGUCAUCCCUGGUCUCCCUGUUCCCAUUACCGGCGCCCGACAAAACGUCAUUCUUGUGGAUAAGGGUGUUGAGAUCGCCACAUUCAACACGCCAUGGGUUCCUGGUGUGAUGAAUGGAAACGUACUGGAAACGACCGUUGGCAGCACGACCCUCAACGUCAAUUACGCCAAUCAAGACCAGUUCUCGGCCUUCAUCGCUUCCUUGACCACCAACCCCGCGCAUACCUUCACGCUCAAGGGAACCGUCGAUGUCAACUUCACCUUAACCCUCCCUUUUUCGGUGCGGACCAUCACCAUCGAUGGAAUAUACUUUGAGUCCGAUGUCACCCUGAAAGGGUUUUCCAAUUUUCCUGGCAUCCAGUUUGUCGAGCUGAUCGAAAAGACCGAAAACGCCGACAAAAGCUUUACCAUCAAGUCCAAGGUCAACAUCAAGAGCGCCUCCCAGCUCAGUGUCAAGAUGGGUGAUGUCCGGUUCAACACCUUUGACGCCGUGUCGUCUGAACCCAUUGGGGUCACGACCCUCGAGCAGUUGAACCUGGUGCCCGGGGAUAACUUCAUCAUUGCCGUGACGACCUCCACUAGCGCUACAACGAACCCGCACGAUAUCUUUACGCGUGUGUCAAAGAAUGGCGAAAAGUUCAGAUUGAAAGGGUUUGCCGCAUCGUCCGCGACCGACACUAUCCUGGGUAACGGUAUCGCUGCCGUGGAGACUACUGUCGAUAUCCCUAUUCUCGACAAAGCUGCCUAA